AUGGAUGUCAGGAAGAAACGUCAGCGUCUCCAAUAUGACCUGAAAAGCGGAUCAAAGCCAGCCCAGACUCCGAAUCGAAGCAUCGAUGGGAACGGAUGGACGGAGCAUCAGCGCAAUGAGAAUCAGCUAGCGAGGAAGCAAGUAGGCAGGCAGGGAGGCAGUGUAAGCAUAAUGCGUCUCAGCCAUCUUGACUCGACGCUCUUCUGCCUUUUGCUCAUCCGAUGCAGCACAGCCCUUCAGAGGCAAGGAGGUACACUCAUGCGCAUGUCAUCUGACACAGACACGAGCUCCAAGCCAGACCCUGACCUCUCAGACGAGGUGAACGUGGAACAACUCAAUCUCAUUGCGAGUUCCACGAGGUGA